AAAAAUAGUUUGAAGAUGUCGACAGAAGCUUGUUGCCAUGGACCCGGCUAUGCCACACCAUUGGAUGCCUUGAAAAACGGACCUAGGGAGAAACUACUGUACACGGUGACAAUUCAACCCAACUUGGAUGAGCCGCAUGGCGACUAUCUAUCAACAAUCGAUGUGGACCCUGAUAGUCCCACUUAUAGCCAGGUUGUCCAUCGCACUUUUUCGAAUCGCAAAGGCAACGAGUUGCACCACUCCGGCUGGAAUGCCUGCUCCAGCUGCUACUAUGUGGACAAGAAUGCGAAAAGUGUGCCAAAGAGGAAUCGGCUGAUAUUACCAGCUUUGAAUUCCGAUUUUAUUUACGUUCUGGAUGUGGCUAUCGAUCCGCGUAAACCGGAAAUUGUCAAGGUCAUCGACGGAGAAGUGCUCAAGAAGCAUAAUGUAACUGCUCCGCACACGACCCACUGCUUGGCCAAUGGAAAUAUCAUGAUAUCUGUGAUGGGUGAUGCUGAGGGCUAUGCCAAGGGAGAGUUCAUUCUGUUUGAUUCUGAAUUCAAUUGUGUUGGUACUUGGACAAAGGGCGAUCGUAAAGCACUUUGCGGCUACGAUUUCUGGUAUCAGCCCUACUACGAUGUUAUGGUAUCCACCGAAUGGGGAGCACCUAAUAAGUUUAGACGUGGCUGGAAAAACGAAGAUCUGGAGGAUAUGACACAGUAUGGCUGUAGGCUCAACUUUUACAAAUGGUCCACGCAAAACCUGUACCAAACAGUCGAUCUGGGUGUGGAGGGCACAACACCUUUGGAGGUUCGAUUCCUACACGAUCCGAAGCGUCCGGAUGGCUAUGUGGGAUGCGCCUUGUAUGCCAAAGUCUUCUAUUUCAAGAAGAGAGCCGACUCUGAUGAGUUUGAUGUGAAGAAAGUCAUUGAUAUACCCACUAAGCUCGUCGAUACGGGCAGUGGCGUCGCCUCCGAGAUGGGUGGUAUGAUUUCAGAUAUUAUAAUAUCAUUGGAUGACCGAUUCCUAUAUGUCAACUGUUGGAUGCAUGGCGAUGUGAGGCAAUACGAUAUAAGCAUACCGGAUCAACCCAAACUCGUGUCGCGUAUCUGGCUAGGAGGCGCCAUAUGCAGCGAUCUGCCAAAUGUGAUCGUAAAGGAAGAUAAGGAAUUGACCGAAAGGCCGCCUCCGUGCAUUAUUAAGGGUCGUCGUCUGGAAGGAGGUCCUCAGAUGAUGCAGCUCUCUCUGGAUGGCAAACGCUUAUAUGUUUCCUCCUCCCUAUAUUCACCGUGGGACAAACAGUUCUAUCCAAAAAUGGCUUCUAAGGGCGGACAUGUGGUCCUUAUUGAUGUCGAUAUGGUCAAUGGCGGGAUGACCUUGAAUAAGGAUUUCCUGGUUGACUUUGGUAAGGAGCCCUAUGGACCCAGUCUUCCGCAUGAGAUGCGCUACCCAGGUGGAGAUUGUACCUCAGAUAUUUGGCUAGCCAAAGAUUCUUAAAAGCAAAAACAAU